UCACCCGGAAGUCAAACCGGCAGCGGGCGGAAGCGGAAGCAGUUCUCUGUUUAGUUAAACAGCGAACCUCGAAGCGGGCAAUUCGUCACAGCAGGAGCUUUUCGAACAUGGCUAACCUCCAGAGCAUCAUGGACCACGCUGUUGCUGUUGCAAGAAAAGCUGGAGAGGUGGUGCGGGAGGCUCUGAGUGAUGACAGGAAGGUGAUGAUGAAGAGUUCAGCUGUUGAUUUGGUGACUCAAACUGACCAGAAGGUGGAGCAGCUCAUCAUCCAAUCAGUGAAGGAGAAGUUUCCCAGUCACAGGUGGAGGUGGGCGUGGUCUACAGCUGUCUUGAAGAUAAGAUGUUUACAGCGAGACGUGGAAAGGGAGCGUUCUGUAAUGGAGAGCCACUUGCUGUUUCUGAUCAGACUGACAUCCAGCAGUCAAUCAUCUCUACAGAGUUUGGAGCCAACAGAGACCCAGAAGCUGUCGAUAAAAUCUUUUGCAGCCUCAGAAACAUCUUGAGCCUUCCAGUACACGGUGUGCGCGGUGCCGGCACCGCAGCCAUCAACAUGUGCCUGGUGGCUUCAGGCUGUGUUGAGGGCUACUAUGAGAUUGGGGUCCAUGUGUGGGACAUUGCUGCAGGGUCACUGGUGGUUUCAGAAGCUGGAGGAGUGCUGAUGGACGUGGACGGGGGAGAAUUGGACCUGAUGUCCAGGAGAAUAAUAGCUGCUAACAACAGAAGCAUUGCAGAAAGACUGGUGAAAGAGAUCACCCCCUUCAGGCCUCCUAGAGAUGAUUCUCCACCUCAGAAACUGUAACCACUUUCUUUGUUUUCACUUAUAAACUUAUUCUUUUAAACAAAA